AUGGUAACUGCUAUUGUUAGUAAUGUACAAAUAGUCCUAGCAAAUAGCAUUGACGUUAUUCGAUCUUAUCUUGAUUUUAAUGUACCUUGGAUGCUUUACGAUUCAUUAGCAGAAGAGACGGUCAGAGCUCUUUCAGAUUUAAUAGAAAAAACUAAAAAUUCGUAUGGGUUUAGAAUUUCCAUGGGGAAAUUUGUCACUCAAAUGAAUGUUAUUGUAAAAAUGUCUGAGGUACUCUUUACUAAAAAUCUUACAUAUUUAUCUAUUGAUAGAAUUCCAAAGAUGAUUCGUUCAGUUUUCUAUGCCAAGUUAUACAUGCUCAAAGGGUUAGUACAUUUAAAUUUGGGUUCUCUCUCAGGUGGGUGGAAAACAGCAGAUAUGGAGGGCGCGAUUAUUCAAUCCUUAAAAGAAUUGCAUUCCCUUAAAUAUCUGUUUAUAAACUACGAUUGUACUGAUAACAUACUUAUAUGUAUUGUACAAAAUUGUCCAAAAAUAGAAACGCUAGAUGUAUCUUCUUCUAAAUGCAUAACAAAUGAGAGUGUUGAUAUCAUUUGUAACUUAAAAAAAUUAAAAAGCAUACAACUCUAUAGGACGUCGGUUACGUGGACAGGAUUUGCAAAUUUGCUUUUGCAUUGCGACAAUUUGGAAGACGUGGGUAGAUGUGACGAAAUUGGCAGAGUAUUAGAGUUUAUACAUAAAACGGACAUUGGACUGAAGCAACUUAAAUUAAAAACUUACGUCAGUCGUUAUGCUACCGAUACUCAUUUACAAUUGGCGGUGAAAAUGUGUCCCUUGAUUCGUAGCAUGACAGUUUUCCACAACACUUUGCAGAGCGAUCUCAUGGUAUUGAUAGGUUUAGAUCAUCUGUGCGAUCUCAAAUUGCUAUCGUGUGACUUUUAUGCGGAUCAAGUUAAACAGGUGCUCCAAGCCAAGGGAUGUAACAUAAUUCACUUACACCUUGAACAUGUUGAUCAAAUCGAUUUGAACGCUUUAAUGUAUAUAAGUCAAAUGUGUCCAUUGCUUGAAAGUUUGACUCUUUAUAAUUGCUCAUUGAUACAGCAUACAUCUUUAUACACAAAAAAACUUGAUAUAUUACCCUUUAGAAAUCUGAAGAAAUUAACGUGCGUAAGCACUUGCACAGAUGAACAGUUAUUAUUCUUACUAAGUAAUUGUGUUAACGUAGAAUUCCUUCACAUUGGGACAGCUAUACAAUUCACCGACGAAUUCAUGUUUAAAAUAUUAGAGAAAAAUCCACUGAUACAUUUGAGAGAAUUACGUAUAAUGCAAUCUGACUUCAUGACUGUUACUUCGGUCGAAAGAAUAAUCCAUAGUUGCAUGAGCUUAGAAACAUUAGUAGAACUAGAGAGUUGGACACUUUUAACAGACAGUGAUCGCGAGUUUAUAAGAAAUUAUAUUAAAAUUAACAACUUUAAUAUCGACACAAGCCCUAUUAGAAGAUAUGAUGCAUGACAAUGUAGAUUUGUAUAAAAUUAGAAAAUGCCUUACUAACAGGCAACUAACACCUAUAGAAGAAUCAAUUGAUACAAUGGAACACUUCUUAGUAUAAAUAUAAUUUAAAUAUGUACAUGUUAGUAUUUACUUAUCGCAUA